AUGAAUCAAAUGGCAGCUACAUCUGCAACCUUGGAAGACAGACUGAGAGGAGCUCUAUGGUCCUUCAUGGCCGGAGAUGCCUUGGCAUCACCCACGCACUGGUAUUAUGGAGGACAAUACCAAGUCAUUCAAGAGUAUGGAAAGGAAAUUACUGACUACACCAAACCCAACCACAAGCUUGCUGGUUCCAUCUUGAACAAGUCAGAUUUGAAUGGUGGAGGUCGACGUGGGUAUGGCGGAUCCAAUAACAGUAAGAAAACCAUCAUUGGGGAUGUCAUUAACCAUGGCAAACAAGAUUUGUGGAGUCCCAAAAAGAGCAUUCACUAUCAUGCCACUUUGGCCAAAGGAGAAAACACCUUGGAAGUCCAAAUUGCACGAGUCCUCAUGAAGAGCAUUGUGACAAAUGAUGGAAACUUCAAUGCGGACCACUUUCGAGAUGCUUAUGUUAAAUUCAUGACCACUCCGGGUAGCCACAAUGAUACUUACGCCAGUACCUGUCAUCGCAUGUUCUUUGCCAACUUGGUUCACAAAGGUUUGCCUGCCAAGGAUUGCCCCGACAACGAUUCGCACAAUGUAGACGUCAUUGACUCGUUAAUUUUACCCACCAUUGUGGCUCUGGCGGGAAGUUGUCAACGAAAUCCUGACAUUGGAUCCAUGAGUGCCGCAUGCGUAGCCGUCACUCGUCGAUCGAGCAUUUCGGAACAGAUUGCCAGUCAAUGGGCCAGUGUGGUACAUUCGUCACUGCACGACAAUGACGAACCGAGCUUUCAGACGGCGUUGAAUACCUUUUCGAAACAGACCAUACGGCGACUUCCGAAUCCACGUGCUUCUGAUGCUUCCACCUUGUGUGCCUGUUAUCUAUCCCAAAGUUUGCCAGCAAUGAUGGACCUGAUUGCCAAGUACCUACCAGAAAACAAUCCAUGGUUUGGACUCUUGGCCAAUGCCAAUGUGGGUGGAGAAAAUGUCCAUCGGGGAUCCGUGAUUGGUGCUAUUCUGGGAGCACGAGCCUCCGAUGCAAACCUUCCCGUCCAACUCAAGGAAGGACUCUACCAUCAUCAAGAAAUCGCCGCUGAGAUUGAUGCCUUUGUCAAGGCAGUCUUGCCAAAGGAGGGAGAGAAGAAAGAAGAAUUAUAG